UGAUUGGUUGUUGAUGACAUGUGGUUACCAACACGAUUGUGUCACGGGUGUCACGUCAGGUAGCAAAUUUUCAAAAAAAACUUUCAGUUUAAGUGAUUAUUAGCUUUUAUGAACUUUAGAAGACCCUUUGUUGCUUCUAUAAUCCGGACGAAUCUAAGUCGUUGACCGAAAAAUGGCUGCUAUGCAACUGGACCCAGAAUUAGAUCCAUCUUUGCAGAACAUCAUUGAUCAAAAAUCUCUCAAAUGGAUAUUUGUAGGUGGAAAAGGGGGUGUUGGAAAGACAACAUGCAGUUGCAGUUUAGCUGUACAACUCUCAAAAGUCAGAACAAAUGUUCUGAUUAUUUCUACUGAUCCAGCUCACAACAUAUCAGAUGCAUUUGACCAAAAAUUUUCUAAAGUUCCAACCAAAGUAAAUGGAUUUGACAACUUGUUUGCCAUGGAGGUAGAUCCCAACAUUGGCUUCAAUGAACUCCCUGAAGAAUAUUUUGAAAACAAUGACAGUGAGGCGAUGGCCAUGAGCAAAGAAGUAAUGCAAGAAAUUAUUGGAUCAUUUCCUGGCAUUGAUGAGGCUAUGAGUUACACUGAAGUUAUGAAACUGGUGAAAGGGAUGAACUUUUCAGUGGUUGUGUUUGAUACAGCCCCAACUGGCCACACACUACGUCUCCUGUCCUUUCCUCAAGUGGUUGAGAAAGGUUUAGGGAAGCUGCUACGUUUGAAAAUGAAGAUCAGCCCCUUUAUCACCCAG